AUGCUCUGUUUUGGGAAAGGAUUAAGUAUUUGGGACGAAUUCGUUCAUCGGAAGCCGUCACCAGAUCAUGACGGCACGACGGGAGAUGUUGCUUGCGACUCGUACCACAAAUAUCGGGAGGACGUCGCUCUACUAAAAUAUUUAGGGGCCGGGGUGUACCGCUUUAGUUUAUCCUGGAGCAGAAUCCUCCCCUCGGGCCGGGUAGAUUACAUAAACCCGGCGGGACUCAAGUAUUACAACGAUCUGAUUGAUAUCCUCAUUGAAAAUGGAAAUUUAGAAAUUACGCAAGCCCCGGGCUUUCGGAACCUCGAAGAGGCCAAAUGGUGCGUCCAUAACUCGCUGAGAUCUCACGCGAAGGCGUAUCGCCUCUACGACCAGGUAUUCCGCCCUCAUCAACAUGGAAAAGUUGGAAUGGCCGUCUUCUCACAGUGGUAUGAACCAAGGGAUCCCGCCAAUCAGAUGCACGUCAAGAUCGCCGAAUUUACCGUGCAGAUUACCUGGGGAGUUUUAGCAUCUCCAAUCUUUUUUGGAAAAUAUCCCGCCGAAUUUGACGAAUUUGUGGGGCUAGUGAGCAAAACAUUGGGCAGCGUGUCGACACCUUUGAAAUUCACGUUGGCCGAAGCGGCCGAACUGCGAGGCUCGUGGGAUUUUUGUGCCAUGACCCACUACACCACCAGUCUGGUUGAGCCUACUGCGAAAAACAACGCCUCGGCUGGAAUAUCGGCUCCACUCGGGAUUAUACUCGGCCACGAUCCCGCAUGGCCGAGUGGUGCGGCGGGAACCGUCGGCUGGGGGUUCUACGUCGUUCCGUGGGGUUUCAGAAAGAUGCUGAACUGGAUAAAAAGGCGGUAUGGAAAUCCAGAAAUAUACGUUUUGGAAAAUGGAUACCAAGGCAAGCCCGCGGAGGGCCUGGAAGAUCACCGGCAGGUGGAAUAUCAUCGUUCUUACAUUAACGAGAUGCUUAAGGCGGUGCGAAUUGAUGGUGUUAAUGUCCAAGUGUACGCGGCAUGGACGCUCAUGGACGACUUCGAGUGGGUAUGUAUGUUUGAACAAUUUUCAGGGAUUAGGGAUCUUCUUAAGGCCCUUGUUACACCGUCAUAG